CGACUCAACUCCGCUGGCUUCACGAAAGCACAGCCCCGUUCACGAAUAGCCCAGAGGUCAGGCUUUCUAAAAGCUGGAAUCUUCUGGCUGGACCCGACUCUACUCGGCCAUUGGCUGGAGAGAUCCAGAAGGCUGCUGAACUCGAAGCCGAGCCCCCAACCAGGAGCAGUUCUGUCCCGCAGUUUUUACAUGAGGGCGGUCCAGCUGAUGAAGUGAGUAGCAAGAGCUACAACUACAAUGGUCAAGAAUUAGAUUUGCCAACGCAGCAACAGAAGUCUGAAUCAGAGGCGCAGACAAGUUCGGGACAGACGAAGACUAAGUUAUCAUCUUCGUGUAAAGAUUUGCCAGAAAAUCUGAACGGAUUGGAAAAUUCACUUUUGCGCGAUGACCCGAGGCAAGACGCGGGGAGAUUUCUCCUGGAUGACGACAUGAUCAUCAUAGAGCACGAGUACUUGGCUGACGUCAUACGGGUCGCUCCUCAAACGUCUGGGAAGGAGAUUCGACGUCUGCAUACGAUCAAAGAAGAAGGAGGAGACAGUGGCAACGAAAGGAAACCUGUUCAAAGCACGACGUCUUCCUCCGCGCAGAAGAGUACAAGAAGAAGACUUCGUUCCCAGACGUCUUUUAACAGACUACGCCUGUCCAGACAUCCGAAACAACAGGCGGCGCUGAAGAAACCGGUCGUCAAGGCAACGGAUAUCUCGAAGACACCACGAGGUCGCAAGGUCUUUCGACGUGUUGCUCAGAGCAUUCUUGACGACAUAGACUGCAAUAUCAUCAACGUCAAUGAUUUUGUCGACGACGACGACGAUAUUGGCGAUGGAGCGUAUACCGAUGAUGAGGGCGAGGAUGAUAAUGACAAUAGAAGCGGCAUCGCUUACGGUGAUUACAGAAACAGGAACAUCUCCAUUCUGAGGACGAAGGCAGUGUCUCCACCUAGCAUUAUGGAGCUGCAGAGGCAGAUGGGCGGUUGUACAUGCCGCUGGAUUUUCGAGCUGACCCCAGACUCCGACCCGGAUCUGCUCCUGGGGAAGGGGCUGCGCAUGCGCGGCAGUCACGUGGGCGUCCGUUACCUUGACGACCAGCUGAGGGACGAGCAUCACGCCUACCUCAUGUUCUUCGCCUUCUGCAACAGACUGAAGAGCUCGAGGGUUCAGAAGAAGAGAAAAGCUGUGAGCAGGGCGUGAACUUUCGUGGAUUUUUGCGGCUGGCUUUCAAAGUCCUCACCACUGAUUCUGUCACUGCGUUUAAUCUUUAUCGAUACUUUUUAUUUAAUUUUUGUUAU